GCCCGUGGAAGAGGUGCAGAUUUGGGUGCCGAUUCUUGCCGACCGCUCGAUUGGCCUCCAUCUUCUGUUACUAUCCCUCUUACAAGCCAGUGCCCCGUCUCUUCACUGGCGGCAUUGCUCAUUUCUACGAGGGUUACUAUGCUAGCAAAGGAAUCAAUAUCGUGAAGGGUACUGUGGCUAGUGGUUUUGAUGCUGAUGCCAAUGGAGAUGUUAGUGUGGUGAAGCUGAAGGAUGGAAGAGUACUCGAUGCCAACAUCGUCAUCGUUGGAGUCGGUGGCAGGCCGCUGACAGGCCUCUUCAAAGGCCAAGUUGAAGAGGAGAAGGGUGGACUCAAGACUGACACAUUCUUCGAAACAAGCGUCGCUGGUGUAUAUGCCAUUGGUGAUGUGGCGACUUUCCCCAUGAAGCUGUACAACGAGCCGAGGAGAGUGGAGCACGUCGACCAUGCUCGGAAAUCAGCAGAGCAGGCAGUAAAGAAGAAGGAUUUGUAUGUGAAGAGUGUCCAGCGUACUAUUAUCUGGAUGGGAAAGAAGCAAGAAUCGGUUGAGGAUGUUCCCUAUAGUAACACUGUUGCUUUGGUUGGUUUGGAUCAGUUCAUCACCAAGAAUGCAACCCUGACAAAUGAGAAGGAAGUUGAUGCCUGCCCAAUCAGGGCAAUGAAGUUCUUUGUGUCCCCCGUUGUGCGUGUUGCUGUUCAAUGCAAGGUGGCUUCUCAUCUUCCUAAGCUUGUUGAGGGUUUGAAGCGGCUGGCGAAGUCUGACCCUAUGGGUGGUGCUGAAAUUAUUGUUUCACCUCCUGUUGUCUCCUUCCGUAGAUAACUAAAAAGAAUGAUGGCCAAAAAACCGCAGUACACUUUUAAAAAGAUGCAGUUCUCUUGUCCUGGCCAUGUAAUUCGGAUGCAUUUUAAAAAGUUAAUAAAAGAAAUAAAAUGAAGCCGAUCA